UUUUUUUGUGUGUGUGUGGAAGUAUUUAACACGAUAUCAGGAUACAAUCUUUUAGAGCAAAUCGGUUUGUCUGAGUUUUUGUUUUGUUGCAAUCUUGGAAAUUGUCUAGAGCAAAUAAAAAGGGCGUUGAUGUGCUCUUAGGAGGCAGCACAGUAAUAACAUGAGCAGUAGGGACCUUUCGCUGUCACAGUCUGUUUUUGUUGAUACCGUCAGCAGCCGCUCAGGAGGGAGACACAGAGGAAUUAAUGCGUACUUAAACAGCAACACAGUCGUGUUGUAAAUACACCGAAGGAGAAAAAUGAGAGGCCUAGGAUACUUUAUUGCACUUUUAUUCUUGCCCAUGGCAUUUGGUGUAGAUUUCCUUGAGGAACCAAUAUAUUAUCACGCACACCGGGUGUAUUUGAAGUCUCCCGUAGCCGCCAGAAGUCUGAUCGGGACGGGAUCGUAUGCAGAUACUUCUCGGGUCCACCGUCACAUCCAGAAAAGAAGCGCAGAUGGUGGAUCAGACUCCUGUAAUGGGUUGCAUGGAUUUGAGACCAAGUUAACUAGCAAUACGCACAACUGGACCUUUCCAGAUAUCAGUGGAUCUGUGUCUCUGGCCUGGGUGGGAGAUGGAACUGGGGUUGUGCUGGCCCUGACAACAUUUCAGAUGCCACUAGUCUUCCUGAGAUUCGGUCAGUCUAAACUGUACAGGAGUGAAAACUAUGGAAAGUCCUUUGAGGAUGUCACAGAACUUAUCAACAACACCUUCAUCAGCACUGACUAUGGGAUCGCUAUUGGUCCGGAAAACUCUGGCAAGGUGAUCCUCACGGGAGAUGCUUCCGGAGGCAGUGGUGCCAGAAUUUUCCGUUCAAGAGAUUUUGGCAAGAGUUUCAUCCACACAGAACUGCCUUUCCACCCACUAAUGCAGAUAUUGUACAACCCUCAAAACUCAGAUGUGCUUGUCGCCAUCAGCGCCAAGCGAGAUCUCUGGAUCUCCAAAGACUUUGGUGCAACAUGGGCGAAAAUCCAUGAGAUGGUGUGUGUGGUCAAAUGGGGAAUGGAUACUCUGUUCUUCUCCACCAACAUUAAAGGAUCUUGCUAUGAUCGAGGGAUGCUGGUGCUGAAGAAGUCAGUUGACUUUGGUGUUAAUAUGAAAACAGUUGCUGAGAGGAUCUACUCUUUUGGGAUCGGUGGACGAUUCCUGUUCGCAUCAGUUAUGAAUGGAUCAGGAAACAUAAUGCCGUCAGCAUCAGAGGACCUGAUACGGGCAAUACAUGUAUCGGUAGACAAAGGUGAGACAUGGAACAUGGCACAACUUCCUCCUGUCGGUCAAGAGCAGUUUUAUUCUAUACUCGCAGCCAAUGAUGAAAUGGUCUUCAUGCAUGUGGACGAACCAGGAGACAAUGGGUUUGGCACCAUCUAUGUAUCAGAUGACAGAGGCACUGUGUAUUCCAAGUCUCUAGAACACCAUCUGUAUACGACCCCUGGGGGCGAGACAGACUUCACAAACGUCACUUCCCUCAGAGGAGUCUUCACUACUAGCGUAAUGGCAGAGGAUGGCUCAGUACAGACUGUAAUAUCAUUUGAUCAGGGUGGAGAAUGGGUUCCUUUGAACAAACCAGAGAACAGCAAGUGCGAUUCUACAGCCAAAGGUCCAGAAAUGUGUAGUCUGCAUAUUCAUGCCUCAUACAGCACCUCCAAGAAGCUGAAUGUUCCCAUGCUCCCUCUGAGUGAACCCAAUGCUGUGGGACUUAUAUUGGCUCAUGGCAGUGUAGGUGGUGCAAUCUCAAUGUUGACUCCUGACGUGUACGUGUCUGAUGAUGGAGGCUACACCUGGCUGCAGGCGCUGAAGGGGCCGCACCAUUACGCCAUCCUAGACUCAGGAGGCCUGCUGGUGGCCGUGGAGCACAGUGUAGUCAAACCCAUCUCUGAGAUUAAGUUCUCCACCGAUGAGGGGCAAUGCUGGCAUGUUUAUAAGUUCACCCAGACGCCGAUGUUUUUCACAGGGCUGGCCUCAGAGCCUGGUGCCCGCUCAGUGAAUGUGAGUCUAUGGGGUUAUGAAGAUGCUAUGAUCAGCCACUGGGUAACUUACACCAUUGACUUUAAAGACCUGCUGACACGUAACUGCACGAAGAGUGAUUACACUGAGUGGCUGGCACACUCUGAUGACAUCAGUGACCCAGACGAUGGUUGUAUGCUGGGUUAUAAGGAACAUUUCCAGCGUCUGAAAAAGGACUCAGUGUGUUGGAUUGGCAGAGAUUACAUAGUCACAAAGAAGCCCACGCCAUGCAAGUGUACACUGGAUGACUUCCUGUGUGACUUUGGAUAUUACCGUAAAGAGAAUAGCUCAGAAUGUAUUGAACAGGCUGAUCUCAAAGGCCACGAUUUGGAGAUCUGCAUCCAUGGGAAAAAGGAACAGCUACAGACCCAUGGUUACCGAAGGAUUCCAGGUGAUAAAUGUGAAGGAGGGGAACAACCAGGAAGAAAGGUGAUUGACCUGAGCAAGAGAUGUGUUAGCGACCUGCUGGAGCCUCAGCUGCUGACAGAUAUAUCUUCCUCACACACUGCCCCUAUCGUUGCAAUCCUCAUAAUCCUCCUGCUGACCGGUGUAGUGUCUGGGGUUCUGUUUGUGAAGAAGUACGUCUGUGGUGGAAGGUUUUUUGUACACAGAUACUCUGUCUUACAACAUAAUGUGGAAGCCAAUGGCAUAGAUGAACCACUGGACACAGAUGUUGCUGGAGCACCCAAGAAUGAUUUCCAUGAUGACUCAGACGAGGAUCUACUUGAGUAAACAGCAUUAGGUGAGCAGAAGAAGCUACGUUUUCUUAGUGCUGCUGUCUCUAUCCUCCUAAAGCACAAACCAGCUGUCAACUUUCUCCGACUUAAUCUACCAGCUAACAUCAUGCACUUCCUUGUUUCUCGACCAAUGGGAAGGGAUCCUGACUGCUUCACCACCAAUAGGAAGCUGUAACUAUGAUACAAGCGUCUUGUGAAUGUAACUCUGCUGAAAGCAGUGAAGAAGUGUUUAAAAUUCUAUUUUUGCUUUUGU